AUGAUGGCUCCGCAGGCGCAGGGGAGGCGGGUGUCGUCGAUGGUCCUGGCGGUCUUCCUCCUGGCGGUGGGACUGGGAACCCGCGGCAGCGAGGCGCAGCCGCUGGUGCCGGCGGUGAUGACGUUCGGCGACUCGACGGUGGACGUCGGGAACAACGACUACCUCCACACCAUCAUCAAGGCCAACUUCCCGCCCUACGGCCGGGACUUCGCCAACCACGUCGCCACCGGGAGGUUCUGCAACGGCAAGCUGGCGACCGACAUCACUGCUGACACGUUGGGGUUCACUACCUACCCUGCGGCGUACCUCAGCCCACAGGCGUCAGGGCAGAACCUCCUGAUCGGUGCCAACUUCGCGUCCGCGGGAUCUGGGUACUACGACCACACGGCACUGAUGUAUCACGCGAUCCCGCUGUCCCAGCAGCUGGAGUACUUCAAGGAGUACCAGUCGAAGCUGGCGGCGGUGGCCGGCGCCGGGCAGGCCCACUCCAUCAUCACCGGCGCUCUCUACAUCAUCAGCGCCGGCGCGAGCGACUUCGUGCAGAACUACUACAUCAACCCCUUCCUCUACAAGACGCAGACCGCCGACCAGUUCUCCGACCGCCUCAUCGGCAUCUUCCACAACACCGUGUCGCAACUGUACGGCAUGGGAGCACGGCGCAUCGGCGUGACGUCGCUGCCGCCGCUGGGGUGCCUGCCGGCGUCGAUCACGCUGUUCGGACACGGCAGCAACGGGUGCGUGUCGAGGCUCAACAGGGACUCGCAGAGCUUCAACCGGAAGAUGAACGCCACCGUGGACGCGCUGUCGCGGCGGUACCCGGACCUGAAGAUCGCCGUGUUCGACAUCUACACGCCGCUCUACGACCUGGCCACCGACCCGCAGGCGCAGGGGUUCACGGAGGCCAGGCGGGGCUGCUGCGGGACGGGCACGGUCGAGACCACGGUGCUCCUCUGCAACCCCAAGUCGAUCGGGACGUGCCCCAACGCCACGUCCUACGUGUUCUGGGACGCCGUCCACCCGUCCGAGGCGGCCAACCAGGUCCUCGCCGACUCCCUCAUCACCGAGGGCCUCAUCCUCGUCACGUAA